GUCAGCUGUAAUCGGUUGGCCGGCUUUGACGCUCGAUGGCUUGAUAUCUUUCGCCUGUGUGGAGGAACCCGUGCGGACUCGAUUGUUGUGUGCUCGUCGUCUCUCCAGCGCCCGACCAUGGCCAGCAAGUCGGAGAGGGAACGCCAGAAACAGAUCCAGGACAAAUGUCAGGCCAUCCUCGGUCAGCUCCUGCGCGAGGAAGACAACAAGUACUGCGUGGACUGCGAUGCCAAAGGGCCGCGAUGGGCGUCGUGGAAUUUGGGGAUGUUCCUCUGCAUCCGAUGUGCGGGCAUCCACCGGAACCUCGGCGUCCACAUCUCCAGGGUCAAGUCCGUCAACCUGGACACUUGGACGCCGGAGCAAGUUGCCUGUCUGCAGCAGAUGGGCAACAGCAAAGGCCGAGCUGUGUACGAGGCUAACCUUCCUGACAACUUCCGGCGGCCCCAGACGGAUUCAUCGCUAGAAGCAUUCAUCCGUUCGAAGUAUGAGCAGAAGAAGUACAUUGCCAAGGAGUGGGUCCAGCCACCCAUGCCGCCGCCUGCCUUCGAUAUUGAAGAGGACCGAAAGAAGGACAAGGAAAAGAAGCGGCCCAAGGCCAAAGCUAGCUCGUCGGAGGUGCCUGGUCUGGCGGGUGCCAAAGUGGCGUUGCCACGUCCCAGCGCCAGUGGACAGACAGUGCCAACCGUCGUUCCGGUUUCUGCAAGUUCCCACCAUACGGCUGACCUACUUGGACUGGACAUGUCAUCUUCCGCGGCUGAGCCUCCCGCAGCUACAGCGGCCGACGAUCCUUUUGACGAGUUCCUGAGCGCUAGCCCCGUAGCGGUGCCGGCACAGCAACAGAAGCAGCAGACGACGACAGUCGGGGAUGCGUCUGCUGUGAAGGCGGAGGAGCGCGCCUUCUUCAGCCAGACGGCUCCCCCUGCAGAGACCACCCGCAACGUGCUCACCAAGGAGUCGAUCCUGUCGCUCUACAACAAGAACAACUCCUCGGCUGCCUUUGGGGGUCAGCAGCCCCCCCAGAUGGCGCCACAGCACAUCUACGGCAUGCAGGGGGGUCCCUUUGGAACUGCUCAGGGCUACUUGCCAGGAGUACAGCCCUUGCCCACAGCACUGCGCAUUGCACAGCCACAGCAACAGUUGCAGCAACAGGGGCAGCUGCAACAGGCACAACAGGCACAGUUGCAGCAGGGGCAACUGCAGCAAGCACAACUUCAGCAGGCAUUGCUGCAGCAGCCACAACUUCAACAAGUACAGUUGCAACAGGCACAACUACAGCAGCCACAGCUGCAGCAGCCACAGCUGCAGCAAGCACAGCUGCAGCAAGCACAGCUGCAGCAAGCACAGCUGCAGCAAGCACAGCUGCAGCAAGCACAGCUGCAGCAGGCUCAGUUGCAGCAAGCGAAGCUACAGCAGCAACCUGGCAACGGCGGUUUUGCAGCAGCAAUAGGACUGGACGCUCAGCCGUUCUGCAGCAAUCCGUUCCUCAGUAACUCGUUUGGAUCCAAUGGCCAAGCCCAGUUGCAUCUGUCACAGGUGCAGCAGCAGAUGGCCAGCCUCCAAAUGGGCCCCGGGGCGACCUGGGGCACUCCCGGUGCGAAUCGCCCGGGACCCUUUGGGGCGCAGAUGCCCAGUCCCGGUGCGGCGCCGUGGGGCCUGGCUGGGCCCGCCCAGCCCCUGCAAGGACACACACUGUCCACCAACCUGUGGCAGUGAGGCUGGUGUCCGGUAGGACGAAAAAUUGGCAUUGGAACCCCCUCUUGUUGGCUGCAAGCCCCCGCCAAGCAGCAGCGGUGAAAGACGGGGACUUUCUGCAUCACCCACUUCACGCCGGUAUCGCUAGAAGUGCUGCGCCUGUGCCACCCAUGCCCCUUCGACACAGAGGGGGUCCUCAUAAAAAGAAAAAAAAAAAAAAAAAUGGUAUCAGGAACGUGUGCAUGUGUUUGCGUACUUUUCACGCUCAUAAAUUAUUAUUUAUCUAGAGGUUUCUUACCAAAGUGGGGAGCAGACCAGAGUGUGCUCGGUAAUGUCAGUUCCCACCUUUUUCUUUGUUUAGUUGUUGCAUCCUUUUUUUUUUGUUGUUGGAAUCUAUAGAUAGGAUGUUUGAAGCUAUAGCACCGAAUUGCGUUUUCGCUGGCAUUGCUUGUAGCGACGAAAGACUUCGCGUUGACGACAUACGCCGUUCGUGCAAUGAAUGGAAGCCAGCGUUUGUUGUUAGACAUACUAAUUUUUAAUUUCUUUAGUUUUUUUCACGUUUUGCUCUGGAACUAGCCGUUGCACCACUACAUUGUAUACAGCUCGCUACAAGUUUUUUUAUACGGUCGUAAUUUUGCGGCGGAAUGUGACCCCUGCACGGACAUUCCACUUGUUUUUCUUGUCUCGUUUUUUUCCUCGUCCAAAAAAGAGCCGUUGGUUUGUCUUUUUUGUCGGCCACGAGUUACACAUGUACAUAGGCGGAGAAGAAGCAAGCAGUGCACUAUAUUUGUAAACUUGGGUUGACUUGUUUCACAACACUUUUAAAAACAAGGACAAUAAAAAAUGAAAACGUCGCA